UUGUUUUCAAUACCAGGUACCACUCAUUCUGUCUUCAAUGGGGGUUCAUGGUCUAACUGGUCUUAUCGCAAAGCAUGCACCUAAUGCUAUUCGUGUUAUAAGUGCAAACACAUUGGCUAGACAGACUAUCGCCUUUGAUGCAAGCUGCCAUUUAAAUAAAUUCAUAUACGGCGACGAACCCCACAAUUACAAACAUAUUUACGGCUUUUAUCAACUUGCUCGCUUUUGCGAUCUCAACCAAAUAAGACCGAUUUUUGUGUUUGAUGGGCCUAAACGAUUAGCAGCUAAAAGUUUCGAAUUAGCGAAACGAGCCAAAGCUCGUUCCAAAGUCAAACACUCCCUUGCUUUCGAAAAGGAACAAUCGAUCCGAUUAGACAAUUGGUUACAGUUCUCAAAUUCAAUAGACAAUGUCGACCAAUUUGACAAAAUUAAUCUUGCCAGUAUUUUUAAUGACUUGGAUCAAACAAUGGCCGACGCAGAAAAUAGGAUAUCAAAUAAUAAUGCAGUAAUGAAAGAGGUUGAGGAUAUAGUGGACGAAAGAAACUACAAGGCCGCCGAUAUUGAUAUUGAAGGAAAAUUAAUGCUUUUCGCGCAGGAACUGAGAAAUGCUAUUACUAAUUCUAAAAAUACCGAAAAAUAUACAAGAACUGUACGUGCUUUGGUUUAUCGCGAAAAGGAACUGAUUGCUGACAUGGUGAGUCAAGAGUAUAAAAAUACAAAAUCUGCCCUGAAGAGGUUGAGAAGGGACAAUCAAGUAAUGUUGGAUUCAUUACAAAAAAGGUCAUUCCGUAUUACACAAGCUAUACGAGAGGAAUGUAGAGACUUUUUAGAGGCACUUGGUUAUCUCUGUUUCACUUGCAACGGUCAUGAAGCGGAAGCUAUGUGUGCACAUCUUGGCCGAGCAGGUAUCACAAAGGCCACAGUGUCAGAAGACUUGGAUACGUUAGUGUUUGGUGAAGUACCAAUUUUACGGUAUUUCUUUGCUAGGCAUCGUCCUAUUCUAUCUAUAGACCCUGUUGUUGCUAGACAAGAGCUGGGCUUAAGUAAAGACGCCUUCAUUGAUCUAUGCAUUCUUUGUGGCACAGAUUUUUCGGGAACUAUUCAAGGUAUCGGUCCUCAUCGUGCAAUACAAGCCAUACAAAAAUAUGGCUCAAUAGAGAUGAUUCUGCAGCAUAUGGAUUCCAAACGAUAUGUUCCCCAUGAAACAUUCAACUACCAACGAGCACGGAACGUCUUUAACAGCUUGCCUCCUAUACCCUUAGACCGAGCAGCGUAUCAGCCACCCAAACUCAACGAAUCGAGAAAAGCUGAAUUGUUAAAACACUAUGAGCUAGAUGCGCUUACCAUUGAAGUCAAAUUGAAAGCAUCAUUGUUGCAGCAGAAUUUGAUCGAUGGCCACUCUUUACAAACGCAGGAUCCAUUUGCGCCAAAUGCUUCUCAACUGUCAUUGAAUGCAUUUUAAAGAUACCUUUGUCAAUAUUUUAUCAAAAUGAUACCCGCUCAAUCUAUUGAAAUACAUUUGCUAUAGCAUUUUACUAGAAAAUCAACAUACACUCAUGGUUUCAAAAAAAAAAAAAAUCACACUCUACAGAGCAUGCGUGGAAUUACAAACUAAGAUACGAAAUGUAGAAAGCGGAAAUCGAUUUGUCAUUUUCCUGCAAAUGGAUAUUAUAUUAUAUGCUAGCUA